GUCUUUGCCGACUUACAGCAAAUGGAGAGCAUUGCGUAUUUGGGCAGUGUUGCAAUACUUCGGAAUUGAUCACCUGCGAGCGAGUAUAUCCCAUGAUAUAGAAUGCGCGCAACGAUUGAGGGAAAAGCUGAAGUUGGAUGGAACUACUAAU